CUUUAUUCUAAAAAUAUCUCUUAUUUUUUUUUUGCUCUUAAUUUUGUUUGUUUUUCGUCAAAUACAAGAUCACAAAUGAUACAUUUAAACUCGUUUAAAGAAUAAAAUUAUGUUGAUGGGAUAAAGUGUUUCAGGUGAGAAUAUUAUUUUAUAAAAUUGGGCACAUUUAUUAGAAUCAUUCCUUAAUUAAACAUUUAAAUAGUAUUUAAAGUUGAUUCAAAAUGUAAAACUAGAUUAAAUUUAACUUACCGACUUUUCAAAAUAUAAUUAAUGCUCAUCGUUCAUGUAAUUUUCUCAUCUAAUUUACUUAAAGAGAAAAAUACAACGAGUUUCAUUUUCACUGAUCUCGCGUGCGUAUAUUUACUUGAGCUCAGUCAAUCAUUGAACGCCAAACUAACAAUAUGUUUUUUUUUGUGGAUAGAUUGUGAAAAUAUGAAGAAAAAAUAAUUCAUAAUCAUAAAUAUUAAUAAAUGAAAAAAUUUGAAGAAAAGUCUAAACAUUUCAAAAGUCAGAAAUCUAAUAUUCUUUACUAUUAUAUGAUCAAAGAAAAGGAAAAAUUGAUGAAAAAAUAAAAGAAAAUUAAAAUAGAGAAGGAAAGAGAAAAAUUAUGAAAAUAGCUGUGAUAUAUCGUGAGUUAUUUUUACUGUUACUUACUAUAGCGCAUUGCCGAAAUGCCCCAACAAAUAAUCACAAUGAUAAAUUCUAUUGGUACGAUAAGAACAAGAGUAUCGUUGAAAAUCGCAUGCGUAGCUUGCAAAUGGAAAAUCUUCCUCGAGUGAAAAAUGUAAUUAUAUUUAUUGGCGAUGGAAUGGGAUUGAGUACUAUAACCGCAUCAAGAACACUUAAGCGUCAAGUUACUCAAAAUCCUAAUGCACAAAUGAUAUUUGAUGAAUUUCCAGCUACAGCGCUCAUGCAAACUGAUAUUAUAAAUAGUCAAAUCCCAGAGUCAGCUGCAAGUUCAACUGCAUUAUUCUGUGGUGUAAAAACAAACUUUGAAAGCCUUGGUGUUGACUCAACUUCAAUGGGAAGAGAUGCUUGUAAAAAUAUUAAUUCUCAUGCGCCAUCAGUUAUUGAAUGGGCUCAAAAGAAAAACCUCAAAACCGGUUUCGUGACGACAUCUAGAAUCACUCACGCAACACCAGCUACUUUGUAUGCUCAUUCACGUCGUCAUAUUGAAGAUGAUUCAAAAGUUGAUUCAUUUGGUUGUAAAGACAUUGCGAGACAGCUGAUUGAAAAUGAUACGGGGAAAAAUAUAAAUGUCAUCAUGGGAGGAGGGAUGCGAAGUUUUAUUCCUGAAAAUGUUGAAGGUGGACGUCGAAAGGAUGGAAAAAAUUUAACUGCUGAAUGGGUGACUUCUCAUUUGAAUGGAGAGUUUAUAACAACAAGAAAUGAACUACUUAAUGUUUCUGAUUAUACAGAAUAUUUAUUAGGAAUUUUUUCAAAAUCACACAUGCAAUUUAAUGCAGAUCGCAACAGAGAGAUUGAACCAUCAUUAGCAGAAAUGACAAAAGCUGCAAUUGAAAUAUUGAGAAGAAAUAAUACGAGAGGAUUUUUAUUGAUUGUAGAAGCAGGGAAAAUAGAUUUAGCACAUCACUACAAUAAUGCCUUUCGUGCACUUGAUGAUACAUUACAGCUCGAUGAGUCUAUCAAUGAAGCUUUGAAGAUUAUUGACUUAUCAAAUUCACUAGUUAUUGUCACAUCUGAUCAUGCGUCAGCAAUGAGCUAUUCAGGAUUUGCUACGCCAAAGAACUUAACUGUCUUAGGAAUGGAUAAAUAUGUGUCAAAUGUUGAUGGCAAACCUUAUCAACUUUUGACAUAUAGCAGCGGAUUGGGUUAUCAAAAUUACAAUGAGACUGCAGCGAUCCAUGACUAUCGAAAUUCCUAUCAUAAAGCAACAAUAGCGUCAACUUGGGCUAAUCAUGCAGCAGAUGAUGUUCCAGUUUACGCUAUCGGACAAAUGGCAAACUUUUUAUUUAGCGGAUCAUUUGAUCAAACUUAUUUAGCUCAUGCUGUAGCCUACGCAAUGUGUAUUUUUCAAUAUGAGUCACGUUGUCAUAAUUCGAUUAACAUGAAAAGAACCAAGCUUGUCAAUGAAAAGGGACCAAGAGGAAUUGAAGCUUUAAAACAAGAACUAGGAAAAUUUUCAAAAAGUAAACCUUUUGGUGCUGGAAAUAAUUUAGAAAAUAUUAAAGAAGCAUUGAUAUACACAACUGCAGCUACAUUAGUUGAAAAUUCAAACGAUGUAAUAUUAUUAAAAAAUACAACUUCUGAAGAAGACAUAUACGAAUCAUCAGACUUAAUCAGCAAUUCCACAUCACUUAUCAAUUCAUCUCGAAAUUUUCGUAAUAAUAAUUGUUUUGUUAUUGUAAUUGUAUUAUUUGCAUUUUAUUAAAUAAUUAAUAUACAUAAAUGAAAAAUAAUAUUUUAGAUAUUCCAAUUGAAAAAAACAAUUAAUGACUUCCAUUUAAUUCACAAGUCAAUUUCAUAUGUGAUCUAUUGAAAUAAAAUAUUUUUGUCAGCAUUGACAUAAUAACUGGCAUUUGUUUGUGACCAUGUGAAUCUCCUUCUGGAUCAUAAGCUUCUUUUGAAAAUGCUACAUAUCUAUUCACACCAGUUAAAAUCCACAUUAAAUCAACAUCUUGAAUUGUAUUAUUUUUUAAAUAUGCUUUUAACUCCUCACACAGUGCUUCUAUGAACCAUGAGCCAUAGUUUACUUCUCUAAAUGAAGGAAAUCCAUCAGCACUUGAAAACAUGACUAGAAUAUCUGCCAUAAUCGGAACACUUUGUGCACUCACCGUAUUGCUUUGCAACGAUUCCUUUUGAUUUUUAUUAAAUCGCUUUUGCUCCUCUAUUAAUGCACCAAAGUCAGGUGUCGAUCCACGACAAGCUUGAAUAAAAAACAAUUUUGGUUUUCCACAAAGAGUUGGACAUCUAUCGCCCGUAAAAAAUUUCCAUAGUGAAUCUACUUCAACUGAACCAUCUCUUGUAAAGAUGUUUUUGUUUUCAUCUCCAUGAGACAUCAUGAUAACAAUUAAACAAUUGUAUGCAGAGUAAUCAUUGGUUCUUACCUAAUUUUAAUUUCUCAUCGAUUUCUUCAUUAGUGGCAUCAGUAUGUGUUUCCACUUCUAAUCCAUAACUUUUCAAUACUGUAUUUAAGUUGUCGCUAUCCUUAUAAGCACCCAAUCGAUGAUCAUGUUCAUCAAAUUCAAUUUGAUUGAAUAUUAUAGCUCUUCCAGCUUUUUCACAGUUAUUUUUAUAAAACACAUCUUCAACUUUUUCUUUUAACACCCUCAAUUCAUUAUAAGUAUAUCCUGUAUUUAAACUUUUGGAAUUUUUAUUUUUGGCAUCUUUUUGAACACUCAUUGUAGAUUAGAAGUUUUGCAACAAUUCGU